UAGAUCAGCCUUUACGGAGCUGAUCAAUCCUUCAAUUACAAUGUCAUUAAUCUUGGAUCAAAUUAAAAGUGCCUAUGAACAUUCUCUUAGAAUACGAGAUCAGCGAAUUGUACAAUUCAUUACGCAAGAUAAAGUAUUUGGAAUCACAUCGAAGAAGGACCAAUAUGAUGAAAAAAUUAAUUUAUUGCUUACACAAAAUGAGGAAACACACAACGAGAAUAUCAAAUUAAACAUGGAAAUAUCAAAGUUAAAGAACUAUUGUGCAAAGCUGAAAGAUGAGGGCUUCUCCGAGUACCUGUCGCUGAUGCGCGAGCGAGACGCGCGCUACUCGCUGUUCUUCGAGAACGUGGCUCUGCAGACGAAGGUGCGCGAACUGGACGGCAGCAGUCCUUCGGAGGCGCGGCUUGGCGAUCCUGUCGUGCUGGCUAUUGCGCUCGAGCGCUGUCGAGAGCAGUUAUCAUCCAGCCAGAACGAGUUGAAAAAGAUGCGCGAAGAUUAUUCGGAGACGGUACCUCGUCGAGAAUACGACAAUCUAGAGAGCAGGUUCUUUAAUCUGGAGAAACAAAUGAAGAGUAUGAACAAUGAAUACGAUUCCUUGCAGACUAACUAUAAACGUGCUUUAGCCAAGAAGAAAUGUCUGGAGGAGGAGUUAAGUGAGUACAAGGACAGAUGCAGGGAGCUGGAGAAAGCUGGCACUCCGCGACCGCAAUGGGACAUCUGCGGAGACUUCAUCAGCGGCGGUCGGGACAGAUGGUGGCAGCUUGCGGAUGAACUGUCAUCUCGAGAUAAACUCAGAGUACUUCUGAAGGAACUGGGCCCGGCAGCCGAGAGCGAACACCUGGAGUACUUCGAUGGCCUGGGGCUUGAUCCCGCGAUACCUCCGUACCUCCGCUACGAGGGCAAGGUCCGAAACCUGCGACUCUCCCGGCGCGAGCUGAGCGUCAUCAUCAACGAUAUCUGGCUCAGUAAGAUGCAUCACGGACAGGAUAUGCCUAUGCAAGAUUUUGUCACCAAGUAUUUCGAAAAUAGGCUUGUUCUUACGUUCAUCAUCAUCAUCAUCAUCAUUACAGCCGGAAGACAACAAGUUUCAUCGGUAUUAAAGGAAGCCUCAUGCAUGACUCGUGUCUUAGUAGGAAAUGCUAGAACAGCUCUUCUGUAAGUGUUUAUUGCUUAAAACAAUGGCUUAUUAUUCAAUAUAAAUUAAAAUACAUGAUU